AUGACAACAGAAUCCACAUCAAAAACUUCAUUUUGUGUGAAAAUUUAUUUAAGUCAUCCAUGGAAUUUAUUUAAAAGUGGAUAUCUUGUUCUAACAUGGAUUAUGUUGGGUUUUCAUCUUGAAUUGAUUGGUCCAACAAUGCCAACUCUUGCAUCAAACAUCGGAGUUACAUAUAGUAGUAUGGGCUCGGUACUUGCAUCAAGAAGUGCUGGAUAUUUAGUUGCCAAUCUUCUUGGUUCUAUUUUACAAAAUGUUGUAAAAAAUCAUUCUGAAGGUCUUCUAUUUUUGGCAUUUUUUCUACCUACUAUUGCUAUUUUCGCUACUCCAUUUGUUACAUCAUUGGUAUUAAUGUGUGUUUUAUUUUUUAUUCAAGAACUUUCGAAAAGUUUUACAGAUUUAGGUGGAAAUAAUCUCUUAUUGAGAAUGUGGGAUGUCAAUGCUGCAGCACCCUUAAGUACAGUUUAUUUUGGAUAUCCAAUUGAUGCUGUUGUUGUUAAUUUAUUUGUUCGUCCAUUUAUUACUCAAAACGUUUUGCCGAUCAAUGUUACAAAUAAUAAUAGAAUUAAUUCAACAUUAUCAUUGAUUAAUGCAAGAAAACUUAAUUCAAAUAUUGUUAUUCCAUAUUCAAUUACUGCAAUUUUAUGUUUUUUAAUUGCUCUUGGACAUAUCUUUUUUUAUGUUUCAAAACUAAGAAAUCGAAGAGAAAAAUUACAAGUCAACUAUGCUGGUGUGAGCACGAAUCCAGAUGAUGUUAAUAUUCCAAUGAAUAAAGAAAAUUCUUCUCCAUAUUCUCCUCGCACAUGUUGUCGUGGAUUUUUUCAAUAUGGUUUAACUCUUUCAACAAUAUUUAUUAUGUAUGCAUUUUGUAUGGGUGGAAAUUCUCAAACAUUUUCAAAAUUUUUUUUUUCUUUUCUCAAAUUUGAGAAAUUUAAUCUAUCAAAUGCAGCUGCAAGUUCGGGAAUUACUCUUUAUUGGCUUUCGCAUUCUGUUGGACGAUUAGCUUUUGCAAUGAUAUCUAUAUUUCUAUCAGCGGAUAAAUGUCUUAAUAUUAUUUGGUUUGGAUCUUUAUGUCUUGCUACUGCUUGGCUUAUUUUUGUUUGGAUUAUUGGUUUAACAAGUACAAGUUUAUUUAUUCUUGGUGCAGUAACUGGUUUGUUAUUUGCACCAAUAUUUCCAUUAUCAUUUGGUUUUUUUAAUCAAAGAUUAAAUGUUAUACCAAUGCUUCUUGGUUUCCUAUUAUCUGGAACAGCACUCGGAGCAAUUACCUUGAACAAAAUAGCUGGUGUAGUAAUGGAUUAUAAUCCAAAUCAUUUUCCAACAAUUUUAGCUGUUUGUAUAUCAAUGGCAAUUAUUCUUCAUAUUGCUUCUCAUCUUGUUUACUUUUUUCAUCAACGAAAAAAUUUGUUAAAUGCUCAACCUUCAGUAACCAAUGGUUUAGCUCUUUCUCCUGAGGGUUCUAAUGAAGAAGAACAACAAAUGACUAAUUAUUUAAGAGAUCGAGAAGAUAAAUAA